AUGGCUACUGAUCGAAUCUCGAAUCUCCCAAACGAGAUUUUGUUGCAAAUCUUUGGGUAUUUUUGCCUACAUUGUCAGGAUGAGUACAAUCAGUCCUGGAACAGCCGGCCACUUCGCCACAAGCCUCAUCGUACGAGACAAAGAGGGGAUCUCAAGUCAUGGUAUUCCCUUGACCGACAUACACUCUACGCGGCUUCACUGGUAUCAAGACGCCUCCGGGACAUUGCCCAGUCUGUCUUGUAUCAUGAGUUUGCACUUGGCCACGGCGACUCUUGGGUUUCCAAGUUGUAUACUUGGCAAGGCCGACUUGCGUCUUUUAUGAGAUGUUUGACACAGAGACCUGAUCUUGCUCACUCAGUCAGAGUUUGCUACGUUUCUACGUCCCUAUUUGAGACAAGUUGUCAGGAGGAAAAUCGAGCUGUCAUCCUGGAGGCGGCUCGUGCUCUUGAUAUCGAUUUACCAGCUGCGUGGAGACAGCGGGUCUCGAAAGCAUCCACCCAUGAGAAGUGCGAUUGGCCUGACACUUAUGAAGCAUUCCUGCACUCUCAUUUGGAUGGGAGUGGUAGCCUGGAUGAAACACGACUCCGGAAUCUACACAAUGCCUUUCGCGAGGGCUCCGAGCCUGGCCGGCGCUGGAUGAACGCCGAGCUGGUGGCCAUGCUGAUCGCCCUUAUGCCGAAUCUCGACUACAUCAGCCUUCAAGGAAACUGCAGAUGGCCAACUCAUGGACUUCCGCACUCUGCACUUCCGGCUCUUGGGGUCUCGAACCUGCCUUUGAAGACACUGGACCUUGCAAUCGGUGGAAAUCCAAUCAUUCAACUGGCUUCCGGUUUGGAGACCCUGAACCUACAUCAACACUCUUUUCAUGGGUCUCCAAUUCCAAAGAUGCCCAAGCUCAAGACUCUUAGAGUGACAGAUUGCUUGGUCUCGGCCAAGAGUCUUCAGGAGCUCUUGGCUGCCUGUACAGGGAGUUUGACAGCCUUUGAGUUUGAAGCCAAGAUCGACCCUGGGUCUUUCAACCCGUUCGCAUCAGGCAAUUCUUCAGAUCAUUUCCAGUUUUCAGAGGCCAUUGAAUAUCUCGAGGGGCACAAAGAUACACUCAAGGUGUUGCAUCUUGACCUUGCGAAUCGAGGUUUUGAGAUGAGCAAGAUCCCCGAUGACCUUGAUCUUAAACAUUUCUCGGUCUUGGAGCACGUGUUUCUUAACUCCACAGUACUUUUUGGUCACGUUCCUAUCGCGAGGGAGCAUGAAGUUGACCACCAGGUACUGAUGCGCCUUCUUCCUGCUUCAAUUAUCUCACUCACGGCAAGGAAUGACUCUCGAUGGACUAGUUGUCUUGAGGAAGCGCUCCUGACUUUGGCGGGCUGGAAGAGCCAAGACCCUCAGCAAUUUCCCAAUCUGAGGUCUAUCCAGAGUGAUAUUAUAUCCACGGGGACAAAGAGUCUUGUGUCCUUGUUUGGAGCGGUUGGGGUAGAGUUUGAUAUCAAGGUCUGCUUGCUGAGUGAGGUGAAGCCUUAUUUGAACGGCAUGAAUGGGAGGUCUGAUCUUCUUCUGCCUAACAUCGAGUCUCACGGUGAUGCUCAAUGA